AUGGCUGCGCAAUCGACCUUGCGGCAUACCGCCGCCGAGGAGUUGCUGGCAGCCUUCAUCGAGAAAUGGUCCGGCCGCAUCAAGUCCAAGCUACGGGGAACAUCUCGCACAUCGCGCAUCCUCGCGACGCUGGCACUGGCUGUGUCCAUUAUCCUCGGCGCAGAAGGCGGGCGACGAUGGUGGAAGAACCGGCGAGAGGAGCGGGAGCAGGGCAGCAAGCUCCUUCGCACCAACUCGUAUCUGCACAACAAAGACGGCUCGCGUACCAUCUAUGUCCCAUACAAGGACAGCACGUCCAAGGUCGUUAUCCGGCCGACCAAGCCUCUUACCUUUGAUGCGCAUCGUCGUCUCUUCCUCAAUCCCCCACGCGUCUCUGGGCUUCGCGAUGGCACGGUCCCCUCUGCGCAAACGAAGCCGGGACUGAAUCUUGCGUUCCUACACCAGUUCUUGAGCCUAAUGAGCAUCAUGAUCCCCAGGUGGUCGAGCAAAGAGGCUGGGCUACUUGUAAGUCAUGGCCUCUUUUUGAUGCUGCGGACGUAUCUCUCCCUCGUGGUUGCUCGCCUGGACGGUGCUAUUGUCCGAGAUCUGGUGGCUGGCAACGGAAAACACUUCCUACUAGGGCUUGUAAAGUGGUGCGGUCUUGGUGGGUUCGCCUCGUAUACCAAUGCCAUGAUCAAGUAUCUCGAGUCCAAGGUCUCUAUUGCCUUCCGAACCCGACUCACACGGUACAUUCACGACUUGUAUCUCAACGACAACCUCAACUACUACAAACUCUCCAAUUUGGAUGGAGGUGUUGGUCAAGGCGCAGAUCAAUUUAUUACCCAGGAUUUGACCUUGUUUUGCUCAUCAGCAGCAAACAUUUACUCAUCACUCGGCAAGCCAUUUGUAGACCUAUGCGUCUUCAACUACCAGCUAUAUCGAUCACUCGGCCCCUUGGCAAUUACCGGUCUUAUGAGCAACUACUUUUUGACAGCCAGUAUCCUGCGGCGACUCUCUCCGCCGUUUGGAAAACUGAAAGCUGUAGAAGGCCGGAAAGAGGGCGACUUCCGGAGUUUGCAUGCUCGACUAAUAGCCAAUGCCGAGGAAGUUGCAUUCUAUGGCGGAGCGGAUAUGGAGAAGACGUUCUUAAACCGGGAAUUCAAGUCGUUGAAGACAUGGAUGGAGGGUAUCUACAUGCUCAAGAUCCGCUACAACAUCCUUGAGGACUUUAUUCUCAAGUACAGCUGGAGCGCCUACGGAUAUCUGUUGUCGUCGCUGCCCGUCUUCCUCCCAGCAUGGGGUGGCAUGGGAGGUGCCGCAGAGAUGGCAGAGAAUGGCCUUCGGGGAGGACGAGAGCGAAACCGCAUGAAGGAUUUCAUCACUAACAAGCGGCUUAUGCUCUCGCUCGCCGACGCUGGCGGCCGAAUGAUGUACUCGAUCAAGGACUUGGCCGAGCUAGCGGGUUACACUAGCCGGGUAUACACACUCAUCUCGACGCUUCACCGGGUGCACGCCGAUGCGUACCAUUUGAGAACUGGUCAGAACGAGUUGUACUCGCUUUCGGAUGUCCAAGGUACUAUUCAGAAAGGAUUUGAUGGAGUGCGGUUCGAGCAUGUGCCGGUUGUGGCACCUAGUCUCUGGCCACAGGGUGGCGAAGAGCUGCUCGAAUCAUUGUCCAUCGUUGUCAGGAGCGGCGAACACUUGCUGAUAUCUGGGCCCAACGGUGUGGGGAAGACGGCCAUAUCCAGGAUCCUUGCUGGGCUGUGGCCUGUGUACCGAGGGUUGGUGAGUCGACCAAAGGACAUUGGCCAAGAUGGCAUCAUGUGCCUACCCCAGCGGCCGUAUCUGAGCCCUGGCACAUUGCGUGAUCAAGUCAUUUACCCCGAUGGCCACGUGGAUAUGAGGGACAAGCGUAAGUCUGAAGAUGACCUGAAGAGGAUUCUGGACGAGGCGCGACUUGGCUAUCUGCCUGAUCGUGAGGGCGGAUGGGAUACGCGAAAAGAGUGGAAGGACGUCCUGAGCGGUGGUGAGAAGCAGAGGAUGGGCUUUGCGCGCCUGUUGUACCAUGAGCCGCAAUACGCCAUCAUCGACGAGGGCACGAGUGCGGUUUCUAGUGAUGUGGAAGGACUUCUCUACGAGACAUGCAAAGAGAAGGGUAUCACUCUCAUAACGAUCUCGACACGUGCCUCACUCAAGAAGUACCACACAUUCAAUCUCAUCUUGGGCAUGGGAGAGCGUGGGGACGAAUGGGAGUUUGAGCGAAUCGGGACCGAGCGGGAGAAGAUGCAGGUGGAGAAGGAACUGCACGACCUCCGGGAGCGGCUGGCGCAGGUGGACGAUUGGAAGAAGCGGCGAGACGAGAUCGAGGCGGAGCUAGCGGCGGUGUGGACGGACAAGGGCGAGGAACUCGAGGCACCGGAGUCUAUGGGCGAAUCAGCAGAGGUGGUGGAGGUGACGGAGGGAGAGGAGGCUGACACUAGAGUGGAGGUGGACACUGGAGUGAUGGGCCAACAAUAG